UGUUCACAUGCAGUUUCCGUUCCAGAUCCAGUGGGACGAAGGUUUCUUCUUGGACUUUAACCUCUGAAUGUUUUGUCCUUUUACUCUGUAGCUACCUUUACAUCUCCUCCAGCUAUGAGUGCAAUCAUUCCCCGGAUAGAGCAGCUGUCUGCCAGGGUGGUUCGGGUUUUGGGCUGUAACCCGGGACCGAUGACCCUGCAGGGAACCAACACUUACCUGGUCGGCACUGGGGAAAGGCGAGUGCUGAUAGACACCGGAGAACCCGGUGUACCUGAAUACAUCAGCAGUCUGAAACAGGCACUGAACCAGUUCAACACCAGCAUCCAGGAGAUCAUCGUCACACACUGGCAUCACGACCACACAGGCGGCGUGGAAGACAUCUGCAGGGACAUCACCGGUUCUGAGGUCCGAGUCAGCAAACUUCCUCGCUCCAGCCAAGUCAGAGAGACAGCGGGAAACAAAAGCUUUACUUACCUGAAAGACGGAGAUGUUGUCCAGACGGAGGGGGCCACACUCAAAGUGCUGUUCACCCCAGGCCACACUGACGACCACAUGGCCUUGCUGCUGGAGGAGGACCAGGCGCUCUUCUCUGGCGACUGCAUCCUGGGCGAAGGCACGGCCGUGUUCGAGGACCUCUUCGACUACAUGAAGUCUCUGAAGAUCCUGCUGGACUCUGAGGCCGACCUCAUCUACCCUGGUCACGGACCCGUGGUUCAGGAUGCUGGCUCUAAGAUCAGACAUUACAUCAGCCAUCGAGACCAAAGAGAGCAGCAGAUCCUGGCAGCCGUUCAGGAUGGAGCAGGAAAGCCUUUCUCCUCAAUGGAGCUCGUAAAGAUCGUCUACAAGGACACCCCUGAAUACCUGCACCAAGCAGCCAACGUGAACCUGCUCCAUCACUUGAAGAAACUGGAGAAAGAAGGCAAGAUCAGCGUGGCGAACGAAUCUUCACAGAACGUCAAAUGGAAGAGUAACCUGUGAUGCCCUCAGAGAAGAACUUCACUCGAACUGACCGCAGGAUGAUAAUGAAAAUCCAUGUGGUCGAUGAUUUUUCAAAAGAAAGUAAUCAAUUAUGGUUGAACGCCACACAUCUGCUGAUUGACACACGUUAAUGGACAAUCACACUUGUUGCCUUGGAUGUUUCCUGACCAACAACCGUGCUCAGCAGGCCUGAGCUGCAGCCCGUGUUUGUCUGAAGGUCGGCUGAACUUUGCCUGUGCCAGAAUGAGCUCUGUCAUACAAUGUGAUCAAUGUGCCACAGUGCCCCCAUCUGCCUAAAUUAAAUUGCUUCUCUCCCUUUUCUUCUGAUUUGUUGAAGGCAACAAAUUUAGCUUCUUUUGUUGAAUUUAGCAGACUCUAACUCCAACCCUGAACCCAACCGUGUAGAACAUGAUCCUAAACAGCUAUUUGAUUAGUGAAAUAAUCAUUUUAUUAAUGGAGUUUGGUACGCAAUCUUGUCUUUUUCCUCUUGCAGGACUUUGUCAACUAAUGUAAAUCAUCCUUUCAACUCAAGAAGAACAAUUAACCUUCAUAUAAGACAGAUAUUAAGAGGUGUAAGCUUACAAUAAAGUACACGUAGUCCACCAAACCUAAUUUAUAGACCCAAUGUUUUGUCAAAGCAGUCUUCCUUAGGCUUUUAAGCAUGUGCAUAUGUAGGAUAUACAGCAGUAUAGUAAUAUACAGCAUACACUGUAUUGUAUAUCACUGAGUUUUGCUUAUGUGUGAAGUCUUGAGGGUGAACAACAAAACAUUUGUUCUGUUAAUGAACUAUUUGUUAAUGGUUGGCGCCUCCCCAUUACUGGUGUGUGUUCACUUUAUCUCAGGAUAGGUUUUCACAUGCACACUGAGCAGGAUUUUCCUGGACUUUAAUUGUGUUUACCUGGUUAAUAUCUGGGAUGGAGGCACUUAGUAAAGAAAUUUAAAGUAAAUAUUCCAGUUAAGUUCUCAGAGACUGUUGAUGGAUGCUUUUACACAAUGAGGUAUAUAUUUCUAUCCAGACAACCAUUUGGAGUGCUGUCACCUUAUUAAAACUUUUAUUUAAUGUC